ACACACACAUCGACACUGACACAGUGCCACUCACUCAUUUUCUGCAGCAACUACAGCAGCGCUGCUUUGCCAUAUCCAUGGCUUUCUCACUCUCCAUCUCCGGCCUACUGCUUCUCGCUCUGCUCACUUUCUCCGUCACCGGCCAGCAACCUAGCUAUAGAGGCCCUGUCAUCUUCAACUUCGGCGACUCCAACUCCGACACCGGCGGACUCAUCGCCGGACUCGGCUACACCAUCAACCCUCCUUACGGCCGCACCUACUUCCGGCGAUCCACCGGCCGCAUGUCCGACGGUCGCCUCAUCAUCGACUUCCUCUGCCAAAGUUUGAACACAAGCCUAUUGGCUCCAUACCUAGACUCUUUGUCAGGGUCUAAGUUCACAAAUGGGGCGAACUUUGCAAUAGUUGGGUCGUCAAUCUUCCCCAAACGCAUCCCUUUCUCUUUGAGCAUCCAAGUCAUGCAGUUCCUGCAUUUCAAAACUACUGCAGGCUCAAAAGACUUGAUAGGUGAUGAAGGUUUUCGAAAAGCACUCUACAUGAUUGACAUCGGACAAAACGAUCUUGCUCAGUUGUUCUCCAAAAAUCUGUCAUUCACGCAGAUAACAAAGAAAAUCCCACCCAUUACUACAGAAAUCAAGAAAGCCGUUAAGACUUUAUAUGAUCAAGGCGGGCGAAAAUUUUGGAUACACAACACGGGGCCAUUGGGUUGUCUCCCUCAAAAACUUUCUUCAGUGGAUCAGAGGGACAUGGAUACAUAUGGAUGCCUCUCGACCUACAAUGCGGCUGCAAAAUUGUUCAAUGUAGGAUUGCGCCAUACAUGUGAUGAGAUGAGGUUUGAAUUUAAGGAUGCAAAAGUGGUAUAUGUAGAUGUAUAUGACCUCAUUGCUAACUCCACCAAAUAUGGUUUCACUAGUCCUCUAAUGGCAUGCUGUGGAAGCGGAGGUCCUCCCUACAACUACAAUAUGAGGCUGACAUGCGGCUAUGCCGGUUCUCAGGUUUGCAAGGACGGAUCCCAAUCCGUAAGUUGGGAUGGAAUUCACUACACUGAAGCAGCAAACACCAUUGUAGCCUCAAAGAUACUAUCGACAGAUUACUCUAUACCAUCAAUUCCAUUUGAUCUCUUUGUUCGUAGUUAGUCUACGUUCUGAAGUCUUUUAUUUCCAAUUCCAUUUGAUCUCUUGUGCUGUAUUUUCUAAAAUUCGAGAGCAUCGUAGACUUUGGA